GCCGGCGGUCGGCCGUGGCAGGCGGGCGCCACUCGAGGCGCUUCAGUGCGGCUCCGCGACGCAGCGCUGCCGGUCGCUCCCGCCAUGAGCCCAGCCGCCGUGAUGGCCGUCGGCGAGCCGCAGUCGCAGCCAGCGCAGGGCGACGCGCGCGUCCAGCCGUCCGCGAUGGAGCCCAAGGCGCGCCUCUACCGGAGGAUGGCCCUCGACAUGGCCUGCACCGCCGCGCUGGGGCUGGCGGUGCUGCUAGUCAAUGUGCUGGCGCGGCCAUACCGCAGAGGCUUCUUCUGCGACGACGACUCCAUCGGGUACCCCUACAAGGCGCGUGUGCAGGUGUCCGACACCGUGGUCGCCGUCGUCGGACUGCUGCUGCCGCCGCUCGUCGUGCUGGCGACGGAGGCGACGCGGCGCGGCUGGUCGGCGCGCGGGGACGCAGAGCUGCUGGGCUGGCGGCCGCCGCUCUGGCUGUGCCGGCUGUACUGCGUGGCGGGCGUGUUCGUGGUGGGCGCCGCCUUCAGCCAGCUCGUGGUGGACAGCGCCAAGUACCUGGUGGGCCGGCUGCGGCCGCACUUCCUCGAUGUGUGCCAGCCGACCCACGUCUGCAGCGGCCACGAGUACGUCGUCGACUACACCUGCUCCGGGCCCGACGCGGCCGUCAUAGAGGAGGCCAGGCUGUCCUUUCCGUCGGGCCACGCGGCGCUGUCCUUCUACGCCGCCGUCUUCACGGUGAUGUACCUGCAGGCGGAGGUGACGUGGACCGGCUCGCUGGUGCUGAAGCACUCCCUGCAGGCGGCGCUGGUGAUCCUGGCGUGGUACACGGCGCUGAGCCGCGUCACCGACCACAUGCACCACUGGAGCGACGUGCUGGCGGGCGGCUGCAUCGGCUCCCUCGCCGCCGUGCUUGCGGUGGUGUUCAUGUCAGACCUGAGCGGGCGGCGGCGCACUCGAGGCGGCCAGGAGCUGACGGCGCUACUGUCCAAGCCCUCCUCCGUGUACGUGCCGGCGGCGAGGGCUGAGCACGCCCUGCCCUGAGUGCGGCGAGCCGCCACCAGAAUGCGCGAUGCAACAAGCAGCGCCGCCGCGCCAGUGCACCGAGCCGCCGCCAGGAUGCGCGAUGCAAAAAAGCAGCGCUUCCGCGCCAGUUCGUCGUUCAGUUCGUCUGCGAGGGACAUUGCCGGACAUCUUACUGUUACUUGAGGAAUGUAUUUAUUUCUACGCAUAGUGUGUGUGGAACAAUCAUAAGUUUGUUCGUUUCUGUAUGCGUUGUUGAAAGCAUCAGGGGCGAUGCUGUACAGGGAUAUGAAGUGUGUGACAUUGUAUCUUCAAUGAAUUGUCUGAUCCUUCUAAAUUCUAAGGUAAUAAAAUGUUUAAAAAAACGAAGGGGUGAUAUAUUUUGUUUUGUGUCAGACUUUAAAUUUCUACUGUUUUGUUUUAUCAUAUGUUUCAGAGCAGAUGAACAAUGUUAUUCUCGUUAUGCUCUAAUUGUAUUAGAUUUGUACAUGUGGAUGAGAUAAAAAUAUGUAUAGUUUAUUAAAUUAUUAAAUAAAUACAAGUGUUUUAAAAAA